UCACGUAAUGGAAGUCGGGUCAGGUCGUGGGUUCUACGCCGCGUGAAAUUCAACGACGACCGUGAACAGUUUAGUGGAGGAAUUAACGUGCUGCUACGCUGAAGGCUACGUGCAAGAAUAAUGAACGCGAGCGGAAUGCGUGCGUAACGGAGCCGUGAUUGCACGGGAGGCUCGAGGUGACCUAACCUGAGCGAUGUAACGCAAGUGUAUUCGACAAUUGCGCGUACCACGUUCACGGAUCGCACGGGGCAAGUCAUGAGCAUGAUGAAACGACGUGUUCCUGCGGUCGUCUCAUGGUGAGAACGACGUCAGUUUGGAGGAGAAAGCUUGGAUGGCACGCGAAUGCAGGCACACCCUCGCGCGCUCGAGAUAGCUGAAGAUGUUUCGCAGUCGGAGCUGGUUCGGUGGCGGGCUUUGGAAGCCCAAGAAUCCUCAUUCCCUGGAGCAUCUCAAGUACCUGUACAACGUCUUGUCAAAGAAUCAGACUGUGUCUGAUAACAACAGAGGUUUGCUGGUCGAAACUCUACGUUCGAUAGCCGAGAUUCUCAUAUGGGGCGAUCAAAAUGACAGUAGUGUAUUUGACUUUUUUCUGGAGAAAAACAUGCUUUCCUUUUUUUUACGUAUUAUGAAGCAGAAAUGUGGGAGCUACGUGUGUGUUCAGUUGCUUCAGACGUUGAAUAUUUUAUUUGAGAACAUACGCAACGAGACGUCUCUAUAUUAUCUAUUGAGUAAUAAUCAUGUGAACAGUAUAAUAGUGCACAAAUUCGACUUCAGCGAUGAGGAAGUGAUGGCGUAUUACAUCAGUUUCCUGAAAACGUUGAGUUUGAAAUUAAAUGCGCAUACCAUUCAUUUCUUUUAUAACGAGGUAAACGAGCACACCAAUGACUUCCCCCUGUACACAGAGGCAAUCAAAUUUUUCAAUCAUUCCGAGGGCAUGGUACGCAUAGCUGUAAGAACGCUCACAUUGAACGUGUAUCGCGUCGAGGACGCGUCCAUGCUGGCUUUCAUAAGGGAUCGUACUGCUGCACCGUAUUUUAGUAAUCUCGUGUGGUUCAUUGGCGAUCAUAUCAUUGAAUUGGACACCUGCAUCCGGAAUGACGCUGAUGUGCUCCCUUCCAGCCAUCAAAGUCAAAACAGAUUGUCGGACUUGGUUGCGGAACAUCUGGAUCACUUGCAUUAUCUGAACGAUAUUCUCUGCUUGAAUAUACCGGACUUGAAUAAAGUCUUAUCAGAACAUUUAUUGCACAAGCUGUUAGUACCACUGUACGUCUAUUCUAUGACGAAACAAAAGAACAUUCUGUGCCAAACUCAGGAUGAGAAAAAACACGUCAGUGUCGUAAUAGCCCUUUUUCUACUUUCUCAAGUCUUUUUGAUAGUGUCGCACGGGCCUCUUGUACAUACGUUAGCGGCCGUAAUGCUCAUGUCUGACUUGGAUACGAUCCAAACUGGAACCAAUAGGGUUCUCAAAAAAUUCGGGAAUGUAACGCCGAGCAAGUCUAUAACUUUCUCGCCGCUGAAAGAGAAGUCUCUCGACACUCCGAGCGAGACUUUGUCAACGUCCGAGGAACUUUGCAACGAGGAGGGCGACGUGGAAAAUAGUGAAAGAGAAGCGACGGACACUGACAACGCAAUUGACGAAUUGCAGGAAUCUAAUCACCCUAGCACGUCCUUCGAUGCUGCUUCAAUGGUAAAUACCCCUGUUCUUAUGAAUACAUCGUUGGACACGAGCGUUCCGAGCGAAGACGAUUUAGAAGAAAUUAAGCAGUUAAAUGUGACGGACGAGGAAAAGGAACAGCGCUUAGCAUUGGAGAGCCCUUCGUUGCCUCAUCAAUGUCAGAAUGACAUAUUCGAAUCUCUAGCGAAGAAGCCAUUCCUAGAAACAAUAGUCAAUUCCUUGCUGUGCGUGGAAAAUGAUUACGCUGCAUUGUUCGCGCUUUGUCUGUUGUAUGCAUUAGUCAAUAAUCAGGGUAUAAGUCGCAAAACUCUGGACGUAAUUUUGUCCCCAUUUCACAACGCGUCUACGAAAAAUUCCUACAAUGAACUACUCAUGGAUAGAUUGAUCCAUAUUAUAACUUUGAGUUGCCAAACGAAUGCCAAAGUGAGACUCGUCACAUUGGAGUUAACUAUCAAGCUGCUGACGCAACUGACGAUGUCUGAAGGACAAUGCUUGCUACGAGAAUCGCAUCUGGCGGCCAUUGAAGCGGCGAAGGAGCAAAGCACGUCUCUGCUCAAAAACUUUUACAAGAGCGAGGACAUCUUCUUGGACAUGUUCGAGGACGAAUACAGCGAGAUACAGAAACGUCCGUUGAAUGUCGAGUGGCUGAUGAUGGACAGCAAUAUCCUAUUACCUCCCACAGGCACGCCCAUGACUGGAAUUGAAUUUAGUAAGAGACUGCCGUGUGGUGAGGUGGAAAGAGCGCGACGUGCAAUAAGGGUAUUCUUCUUGAUAAGGGAACUGUCGUUAACGCUCAACAUGGAGGUGGAGACUCAAUUACCGCUGACUAAUCCGGCUAACUGCGUACAAGUGAACAACGUUCUUGACCUAAAUAACAGCGACUUGAUCGCAUGUACCGUGGUGUGGAAAGACGGCCAAAAGAUUCGCCGUUUUUUGGUCAUCGACGUUGUGCAAUUGAUUCUCGUGGAGCCCGAUACUAGCAAGCUCGGAUGGGGCGUCGCGAAAUUAGUUGGUUUCCUACAAGAUAUCGACGUGGCCGGAGACAAGGAUGACUCGAGAUGCCUGCAUCUAACAAUCUACAAACCGUUGAGCAGCAGCACGGGCAAUCGUAUACCGUUGCUGUCGGCCAAGUUCAUUUUCGACGAUCACAUUCGAUGUAUGGCCGCCAAACAAAGGCUGACGAAGGGACGCAUAAAAGCCAGACAGAAGAAGAUGAACCAGAUUGCCCGAUUGUUGGACAUACCAACAAGCAUGCCCCAUUGCUCGACGCCGCCAAACUAUGCGCUGCGUAGUUUACGACACGAACGUAUAGGACGUGGUCAGAGACCGCAGAAGGACCAAGCGCGACCGAUGUUUACGGUGAACAAAGUUCCUGGAUUUGCGGCUCAGAUGCGCAGGGAAAACGCCAGACCGACGGCAUCCUCGAGCGCCAAGCGCGAUGAGGCAAAUUCAAGCGAGGUCCACGAGAACGGUUUGCGAUCCAGAGACAGUUCGCCCAAGAUGCCAAGGCCGCGGAGCGAGGAGAUUCCUCUGGAGGACAUGCGAAUUCGCAAGACGUCUCUCACGUCAAAUGGAUUGAACAUAGCACACAUGUGUGCGGAAAGGAGGGACAGCCAAGGUGCCACUUGCUCGGGUAACGGCGAAUCUUCGUCUGUGAUUAGGAAACAUUCUGAAGAAACGUCUUUCACGUCUCCGCAGGGACAGGAAGCGAAGCCCCGUAGGAAGGGUCAAGUCGAAACUGUGUGAUUACCAUAGCAAGGUUCAAUUUAGCAAUCUAGUAAUUCAAAAUAAUUUAAUGGGCGAGUACAUUUUUCAGAAACUUUAAAGGAUGGAAUUAAAGAACGGCUUUAUUUAAUUAAUUUAACAGGAAAUUAUUCUAGUGCAAUAUUUUAUCUUAUUAUAACCAGAUGAUAGCACACACAAGUUUUAAUUUUUAUGAUAUUUUUAGCAAAUAUGUGAUGAUUGAAGAGCGAUUAGAAGCAAGUGUCAGAUGAAUUUAUUAUAUGUGCAAAUAAAAGUUCUCCUUGUAUGACUGAUCUUGGAAAGAAUAAGGAGAACAGAAAACAUGUUAAAUAACGCUGAACUAGAAUUUUAUUUUACGUUGGACCACUUACUGAGGCUGUCUUAUAAACGAGAUGGUCUCGCAUAAACAACACAAUUUGUCUGCGCUAUUUAACAAAGUAUCACUUCAACGGUAAACUGUACAACAAUUCUUGUAAUUAAUUCAUGUACAUAUAUCCCUGUUGGUUAUGAUUUUCUAUAAUUUAAAAAAUAAAGGAAAUAUUGCGCGCUA